AUGUAAGAUAAUCUAAAAUAUGAUGAAGAAAAUACAUUUUAGAGAGGAGUUUUUGAACUUAAAAUAAAAUAAACUAUUAUUAAAUGCAACAGAAAUAUGCAAGAUAAUCUAAAAUAUGAUGAAGAAAAUGCAUUUUUGAGAGAAUUAAAUGAAAAAGAAGUAUGUAAGAUAAUCUAAAAUAGAUGA